UCAUCCAUGCUAACUUUAAGGGGUUUACAAAAAAUAAUACGACAAUUGGAGUUUGGUGUGCAGGUGUUAAGGCGUGCGGCUGUUGCCAGCAGUCGUGAGUUCGGAACCCAGCACUUCGUUGGGGGAGCUAGUUCUGCCUGA